AUGGCGACCACAGCAAACAGCCCCACGCUACUCCCGGUCCCCCCACGCUACUCCCGUCACCCCAGGCUACUCCCGGUCCCCGAACUCCAGGCCCCGACGCUACUCCAGGCCCCGACGCUACUCCAGGCCCCGACGCUACUCCAGGCCCCGACGCUACUAGGUCACCCCAGGCUACUCCCGUCACCCCGACGCUACCCAGGCCCCCGGCUACUCCCGUCACCCGACGCUACUCCAGGCCCCCAACGCUACUCCCGUCACCCCGACGCUACUCCAGGCCCAGACGCUACUCCCGUCAUCCCAACGUCCACCUCCAGGCCCCGACGCUACUCCAGUCACCCGACGCUACUCCAGGCCCCCGACGCUACUCCCGUCACACGCUACUCCAGGCCCCGACGCUAUCCCCGUCACCCCGACGGUACUCCCGUCACUACUCCCAGCCCCCGACGCUACUCCCCAACGCUACUCCCACGCUACUCCCGUCAAAUUGAGGUACUCCUGUCACCCCGAGGGUACUCCCGGCCCCAGGUGAAACUCCCGGCCCCGACGGUACUCCCGGCCCCGACGCUGUACAUCUCCCCCAACGCUACUCUUGACGGCCCCGUCACCCCAUUUACUCCCGGCCCCGACGGUAAACUCCCGGCCCCUGGUACUCCCGGUCCCGACGCUACUCCCGUCACCCCGACGCUACUCCCGUCACCCCGACGGUACUCCCGUCACUACUCCCAGCCCCCGACGCUACUCCCCGACGCUACUCCCGGUCCCCACGCUACUCCCGACGCUCCAGGCCCCGACGCUACUCCAGGCCCCCGACGCUACUCCCGUCCCCCGACGCUACUCCAGGCCCCGACGCUACUCCCGUCACCCCGACGCUACUCCAGGCCCCGACGCUACUCCCGUCACCCCGACGUACUCCAGUCACCCCGACGGUACUCCCGGCCCCGACGGUACUCCAGGCCCCCGACGCUACUCCCGUCACCCCGACGGUACUCCCGUCACUACUCCCAGCCCCCGACGCUACUCCCCAACGCUACUCCCCGACGCUACUCCCGUCACCCCGACGGUACUCCCGUCACCCCGACGGUACUCCCGGCCCCCGACGGUACUCCCGGUCCCCGACGCUACUCCCGUCACCCCGACGGUACUCCCGUCACUACUCCCAGCCCCCGACGCUACUCCCCGACGCUACUCCCGGUCCCCGACGCUACUCCCCGACGCUACUCCCGGCCCCCGACGCUACUCCCGGCCCCCGACGCUACUCCCGGCCCCGACGCUACUCCCCGACGCUACUCCCGGUCCCCGACGCUACUCCCGGCCCCCGACACUACUCCCCGACGCUACUCCCGGCCCUCGACGCUACUCCCGCCCCACGCUACUCCACGACACUACUCCCGGCCCCCGACAGGGCACACUACCCCAGGCACCCGACACUACUCCCGGCCCCCGACACGGCACACUAUUCCCGGCCCCGGACACUACUCCCGGCCCCCGGACACUACUCCCAGCCCCCGACACGGCACACUACUCCCAGCCCCGACACUACUCCCGGCCCCGACACUACUCCCGGCCCCCGACACGGCACACUACUCCCGGCCCCCCGACACUACUCCCGGCCCCCCGGACACUACUCCCGGCCCCCGACACGGCACACUACUCCCGGCCCCCGACACUACUACCCCGGCCCCGGACACUACUCCCGGCCCCGACACGGCACACUACUCCCAGCCCCCCGACACUACUCCCAGCCCCCGACACUACUCCCGGCUACUCCCGGCCUCCCGACACUACUCCUGA